GCUUUACUUGCUCUGCAGCCAAAUGGCUUGGCUUUGUACAGAGAAACAGAAACAGAGGUCAUUUAUCGCAGCGGAGAGCGAUGUGUGUGUGUGGCAGGCAGUCAGUGGAGGGUGUUGUGCUUUGUUAACAGUAUUUCUUUGGGGGAUAAAUCGGUGGAAACAGUGAUAUAACGGCGGACAGUGGCGGUAACGGAGCGAUAGAGAUAUUUAUCUGCCUUUAGAAGUUUAACCAACAACACCAGCAGCAGCAGCAGAGCUGCGGACUGAGGAGACUCUGGACAAUAACAGUCGGAUUUUAAGCGUUUUAUAGUUUUUCAGGUUGACCCGGAGAACUUUAAAGGGACUUUAGAGGGACAUUUCAUUUACUGUUUGGAGUUUUUUUUCUGUUUUGUAUUUAACUAAGUUACGUGUUUAAAGUGAAGAGGAUGAAGACAGAGGUGCUCCAAGAACACAAUCCAGCUCCUCCACAUCUGCUCUCCUGCGGGUCUGUCUCGUUGCAUUAAAGAUGGGUACCGGAGGAAAGCAGUGGCCAAGCCCGGGAGGCUGAGCUGGCACUGCACACAGGAAGAAUGCACCUGUCGCCCGUUGGCAUCAGUAAACGCUGCUUCCUGCUCUCCCUGGCCCUCUCUGCCCUGCUGCUCCUGCUGAUCCUCACCCUGCAAACAUCUCAGCGCCAGGGGGAGCUCCCCCAGCCUCGCCCCCCUGCCAGGCCCGCCGGAGCAGGGAGUGGACAUGGACUCCAGAGCACCCGCAAUGCCACUUGGCACAAAGGUGCCGGUAAUGCCAAGGAUUCCAGCGUCACCCGGCCGCCCCCUGCUAUGGCUGGACCCCAGGGGCGGCUGAGGUCACAGGACAGGGACAUGGCACAUGCUAAAUCGCCUGGCUCUCGCUCCAGAGAGCCUCUAGAGCUAAAGGACAUUUUUAUCGCUGUUAAGACCACCAGAAAGUAUCACAAGUCACGGCUGCAGCUGCUCUUUCAGACCUGGGUGGCAGAGGCCAAGGAGCAGACGUUUAUCUUCACGGAUGGAGAGGAUAAAGAGCUGAAGAGGAAGGCAGGUGGCAACGUCAUCAACACCAACUGCUCCGCCGCCCACACCCGCCAGGCCCUGUGCUGUAAGAUGUCUGUGGAGUACGACAAGUUCAUCGAGUCACAGAAAAAAUGGUUUUGUCACGUGGAUGAUGACAACUACAUAAUCCUCCCUAGUCUCCUGCAGCUGCUGUCCUCCUACUCCCAUACGCAGGACGUGUAUCUGGGCCGGCCCAGCCUGGACCACCCUAUAGAGGCUGCAGAGAGGGUCAAGAGCGACGGAACGGUGUCAGUAAAGUUCUGGUUUGCCACUGGAGGUGCUGGAUUCUGCAUCAGCCGAGGCCUGGCGCUCAAGAUGAGUCCAUGGGCAAGUCUGGGGAACUUCAUCACUACUGCAGAGAAGAUACGUCUCCCUGAUGACUGCACCAUCGGUUAUAUCAUCGAGGCCUUGCUGGAGGUUCCUCUGACGCAUACACGGCUCUUCCACUCCCACCUGGAGAACCUGCAGAGGCUGCCCACUGAUAACGUCCUCCAACAGGUGACCCUCAGCUACGGUGGCUUUGAGAACAGGAGGAAUGUGGUCAGCAUCGCAGGAGAUUUCUCUUUGGCUGAAGAUCCUUCUCGGUUUAAGACUGUCCACUGCUUGCUUUACCCUGAGACUCCCUGGUGUCCCCACAACGUCCGUCACUGACAUCAGCACACACUCCUGUAUACAGAGCGAAGGCAGACUGGACCUUCUAUCUCCUCUGAACACUUGCAAAAAAAAUGGCUGCUCCUGUGCAUUAAAGCGAUACUUCAGUGUUUUUCACUACAGUCUCUCCAAGCCGCACCUUUAGUGGAAGAGCAAUGACCACUUUAAAGGUUUAUAUGAAAUCAGUAUUAAUUUAGGCUAUGUUCACACAGCAGGUAGAAAAGUGUCCCAAAUCCAAUCAUUUUUAAUUAUAAUAUGUAUGACACAUAUAUGUAUGGUGCAUAUGGCACAAUACAUGGUAUUGAAAGUCUAAACAUAUUGGAUUUGCAGCAAUGCGAUUUUUUUCUGAACAACCAGAUUAGAAUAAUUUUUUUCAUUUACGUCCUGGAGAAGAGAAAAUGGACGACAGCAGUGAAUGAGGAUUUAAGUGGAAGGAUGGCAACUUUUAUAACAGGUAACAGACCUUAUAAAUAUAUAUUUGGGUCUGAUGUCUCUGUUUUAAUAAUAUUAAAAGGCCUGUCUUGCACCAACUCAGUGUUUUUAAAGAAAUAGCCAAUUGUAGCUUAUAAAGUUUAACCCCAUAACAGACCAGGAUUUUUGUCAGUUGUCUGCCUGACAUUACACCACUAAAUCUUGAGGAUUUCUAUUCAAGCAUUACAUAAAAUGCUUUCAUGUUUGAUAAGGAAUGUUAUUGAAAAACAUAAUUAUAGUAAGUAAUAAUAAUAGAAAAUAUAAAAAAAAACAUUUAAGUAAAUCUGCUAAUGUCAAAACAUAUAAUUAAAAUCAUAAAAUUGGCUCUUAUCUGAACUUCAUUUAAAAAUCAAUAUUUUCCUGAAAACAAUUCAAACAGUUAAUCUCCUCCAAACCUUUAGUUACGUUAUGUUUGUCUAGUUUUAAGUCUGUUUUCAAACCUGCAGGUUUCAUUCCUGUAACUGAUCUGGAAUCAUUAUUAAUUAUUAAUUGAAGUAAAGAGAAAACAGGCCGCUUCUCCCGGUGUCCUGUAGGAGAUUUCAAACCCUCAAAUUUUUAGAGUGUAAAAAAGUUAUUUUACUGCAGAAAAAAGGGUUUUGUAUAACCUACACCUGUAGCCUGUAUACGGGACAAGGCAUUUAAGGGGUUAAAAAAAAUCAAAGAUGCAAAUCAAAGUAGUAAUCAUGGCCCAAAAACGUCCCCCUUUUUUUCUUUUUUUACUGAAAUCUUAAAUUCAUUCUCAGUAAAAAUCCCUGAUUUCUCCUGUGAUGCUGUGGAAGAUGAAACCAAAACUUUAUGGAAAGUGUUGCUUUUUUUAAACAUUUGAACCUGCAAAAAGAGCCUUUAUUCAGUUUUUAUUUAUCUCUUGUGCAAAGUGCAAACCAUUCAGACAAAUGUCAGACAGGGGUCACUUUAAAAAUAUAGUGGGAACAGUCUUAAAUAAACAUUUAAUCCAAACAUUUUUGGUGAAAAAACGGAUUUGGGCUUUGACCUGAUGUGUGAACGUAGCCUUAGCGUCUCCUUAAUUGCUAUGCGACAUUUUACCACUUUUACCUUUUUGUAACUAAUGAACAGCUCCCCCUGAAGAGCUGUGGUACAGCAUUGAAUUUUAAACUUUUUUUAACAUAUAUAAACAUGAUGACAGGGUAAUUUAUUAUUUUGUCCCGAAACAUUUCUUUGGUUUGAGAUUUGGGACACACCUUGUGGUUUAAAUGCUGCAGAAGGAAUGUGCCUCACUAAAUUUGAAGGCUUAAUUCAAUGAUUCAGUGAAUGUGAAUCUAAUGUGAAAUACACACUAGACAAAGGCUUCAAUUGGGCUGAAUUUAGCUGUUAUAAACAUGGCAUUGUUUACAAGCGAUGAGUUAAGCUUAUGUUUAGGUUUAAAUUGUAUUAUGCCUUAAAUGCUGAGAUUUAGAAUUGGAUUUAGUGUUAAACACUCAUUUAGAGAUGGUUUGGUGUGAAACACUUCAAAUCACAGCUGUUCACAAAAGACACCAGAGGCUCUAAAAGCUCUCUUCAAAAAGUAAUUACACUUAUGGUCAUUAAUACACUGCCUGAUGUCUGCGACACAGUUUUAAAGAAGAUUUGAGAAGAGAUACGCACUGGCUUUUGUAAGAAGAAAAAGUAAAGUAAUGAAACUGAAACACCUGGUUUUAGACCACAGUAAUUUAUUGUGGUGACGGACAGUUCUGGUGGAAACAGGAGAGUUGAGGUGCACAUUGAAUUCUAUGUGAUUUGGGCAGCCGUGGUUUUAUGUUUUUUGGAUACAAUCCGGGUUAUCACCCGAACAUCCCUUUCAGACCGCUUCCUCUUACAGCGUCCACAGUUAAUCCUGUUGGAUGUGGUUGGUGCUUCUUGGUGGUAUGCUGACAUUACCCUGAAUAUCGUGGCUCUUGAUGCUUCACAAAGACUUGCUGUCUUGGUCACAGGUGCUCCAGCAAGACGUGCACCAACAAUUUGUCCUCUUUUGAACUCUGGUAUGUCACCCAUAAUGUUGUGUGCAUUGCAAUAUUUUGGGAAAACCUGUGCUCUUACCCUGCUAAUUGAACCUUCACACUCUGCUCUUACUGGUGCAAUGUGUAAUUAAUGAAGAUUGGCCACCAGGCUGCUCCAAUUUAGCCAUGAAACCUCCCACACUAAAAUUACAGGUGUUUCAGUUUCAUUGUCCAACCCCUGUAAUUUUAUUGCAUGUAUAUAUACAAUUUCCACUGUAAACCACAAAAAAGCAAAUGUAGAUUCACAGGGAUUCGGUCUCUACACGGAAAUGUUUUACACCAAACCCCACUCUGAAUGUCUUCCUAGUUAAACAUCAUCAAACAAGUAGAAACAGAAAAUGUUUACAGAAAAUUCUGUAAUUCUAUUUUAAUUUUAAGGUAGGUUUGGAUAUAAACGCACGCACUUCCAUGCUGUACCAAAGUAAGUGAAUUUCCAUUGUUUAAUGAAGGGAAUUUUAUGGUAUACGUAGAUAGCCCUGAUUCCUGCCAAAAAUAAGUUUUUUAUUUUCUUCUACAAAAUACUAUUAUGAUUAUGAUUACCGGUACUUUUUUUCUGUGUGUGCACCACACUCACGUGGCUUCUCACUGCAGGCCAGUCAGUGGCUCACGUAAAUCCCACCAAAAAUCAGACCUAAGCUUCAUAUAGGAACUCUAACAUGCUGCCAAAUACUGUCACAAAAAAUGUAGUUUUUAGUUUUUGCUCUUGUUGUCUGCUCUCUUUUUCCAUGUGAAUAAAUCAAGUUGCUUAUG